GCAAUCGGGAAAGCGAUGGUUGCCGAUAGGAAAAGCCCGAAGUGAAAAGUGAGUAAGAAUAAGAAUAUCAAAUAUACAUCGUAAAAGAGUUUCGGGUCUUAAAAACCGUUCAAUCGAAGAAAAUAUGUGUUCGUUUGCGCUUUAAUCAGUUGAAAGAAGACUCCAGUGGUCCAUUGUUCAAUCGCUGCAUCUAGUAGACACCAAAGAGAGCGAAAAUGUUCACGGGGCUUACAAACCAGGUCACCUCUUGGAUGGGUUCUGCCAAAGGAGAGCAGGAGGAAAAAGUGCCCACUCCAACUGAAGAAGGCGAUGUGGUCAUUAAUCAAGAGAAGAAAGAUGCAAGCCCCACGAAGCCCAUUGGGGGUAGCAAACUCGAUAUGUUGACCAAUGUUAAGUCGCAGAUUGAGGGGAUUGGGGGCUGGUUGGGUUCGAGCAUUCCCAAGUUGAGGAAAGGAGAAGAAGGUGCAGAAGAACAACCCUCUGCUGAAGAAGGCGACACACCAGCGUCUGCAGAGACCACUAAAGGCUCGCCCCAACAUAAGGACGAUGACGACAACUCGAGUGCCACUGGAGGCGCCGAUUCUGGACCACAAUCAAUUGCUGAAUCACCAACUGAAGAAAAGGAAGGUCAAUUCGGGAACGUUCAAAGCAAAGCUUUGGCCGGGGCAAAAUCUUUUGGUUCUUUCUUGUACUCGGCUGUGAAUAAAGCAGGCAAGACCGUGAGCGAAGCGAGUGCGAAAAUUAAAGAAACUGUAGAAAAAAAUAGUCUCCUUGGGGAAUUUAAUAAGGAACAAGAGGCGUUUAUGAAGGGCCAGGCUAGUAACACUGCAACUGCUCUUCCGCCUUGGGUUGGUUGUUCCAAUGAAGAGGCACUUAAAGAAGAGUGCCUCAGUCUUUCAACCGACAAAAAAAAUUUCCUUCGUAGUCCCCCUGCUGGAAUUGACUUCCAGUUUGACUAUGAGGUGUCUUACCCCGUUGCUAUGGCUAUAAUGGAAAAGGACCCUAAUUUGGAGAAGAUGCGAUACGAACUUGUGCCUAAAGUAAUAAAUGAAGAGAAUUUUUGGAGGAAUUAUUUCUACCGUGUUAGUCUAAUUUGUCAGGCGAAUGAAUUGUCAUCCAUGUCUCGUGAUGGCGACAGUCAGUCACAACCUAUUACUUCUGAUCAACCUAUAGCUAGUUCAGAUGACGAGAUGGAGGAGUUUGUGUCAGAUAGUUUGCAGGCUAGCAGUGAAGAUUUUGUUGAAGUUGCUGAACGCAUGAUGAAAACUGUUAUUGUACCACAACCAAAGGAAGAAUGGGAACGAGAGUUGGUGGCAGAACUACACGACUAUGAAGUAGUUGCCGAACAAGAACCCAACAAUAAGAGGGAUAUUUGGGAGCAGGAAAUUGAAGAAAUCGAAGAAAUGCUAAAGGAUGGAACGGAUCUAAAGUAAGAGCAGUAUUCCCUAUUAUUUUUGGGCUUCUAUUCAUAUCGGAUUGACUGAUUUACAUUCCGUUAAACUUAAAUUGUCUAGUCAUUACAUCGUCACAGUUGGGUUAACUCAGUAGACAGAAAUGUUUUCAAAUAUUUAUGUGUCCCAACUUUGAUUAAUAAGUGUAUUAUUUUAUGUAAUUUUGUGAUAUUUACUCUUGGGGGGGGGGGUCCUACACCUGAAAUAUCUUGCAAAAUACAAUAAUUAUUAUCACAUUAAUAAAUGUAAUAAAAUUGUGUGCAUUUGCUAUGGAGGCUGUUUCAAAUCAUUCUUUUAGCAUUAGGUACUUGUGUAAAUAAUCAUUCAAACACUCUAUUUGUAGCUGUUGUUAUUUAUUUAUAUUAUUAUUCAUGUCAGCUUCUUACAAAAAUUACAUCACAAAAUUCUGUGAAGUAAUAUUGUCAACAUGUAAGAGAAUGACAUGACUUCUCUAAAUAUAUAAGUACAUAUUUUAAUAAUAAAUAAAAUAUUUUUUGUUAAUGACUCUUUUGCUGCUUUAGAAGCGAAUUUUAAAAAUUGACUGUUAUCUAAUUUUCGAAGUGACGAUUUAAUUUUGUUCAGUGUUGCAAAUGGUUUAUAUUUUUUUAUUGUUUAAUUUGUUUCAAAUAUUAAUGUCAUAGUACUAAAAUGUAGCUUAUGUGUAUUAGGCAUAUUUAUCCUGUAUUCUAAUUGUUAUACAUCAUAAAAUUGUUAAAUAAAUGUAGCAACUGUGCCCAGUACGACGGAAUUCUUCAUUGCUUAGUCCACCUCAGAGUAAAAUAAAAAAAUGUAUAUUUCAAGUCGAUAUUGUAAUCAGAUUAUAUAACCAAGCAAAAAUGCAACAGAUGUGAAUACUGUAUAGACAAGUACUUAUAAUAAAUCAAUAAUAAU